AUGGGAAAAAGGUUUAGCGAAUCAGCAGCAAAGAAGCUAGCAGGACAAGCGCGGAAGAAGGAGCAAGCAGCAGCGAAAGAUAGAGCAGAAAGGGAGCGAAUGGAGUCGGAGGAGGCUCAGAAGUGGGAGGAAGGUGCCAAGACACCUAACCAGAAAAAGCUUUUAGAGAUGCAGAAGCGCGAAGAAAAGUUGCGUGCAAAACAGGAGCGAGAAUCGCUGCUGGCAGCUGAAGAGGAGGCGCUUGGUAAGGGUGGGAAAGGUAAGAAGGGCGGCAAGAAGUAG